GUGAAACACGACAGUGCAAUGAAGCUUCUACUUGUUGCUGUGGUAGCAGUGACGGCUGUCAUGGCCGACGAUCAUCACCACGAUCACCAUCACGACUACACCGACUCCUAUAAAUUCGCUGACUACCUGAAGGAUAUAGAGCAAAGUCACGAAUUCUUCAGUAUGAACCCAACUGAAAAGCUCCUCUACAGUGAACUCAUCAUGGCUGCCGAGAAGGGCAGUGCCGAUCUUACAGCCUUUAUCAAAGCCCAGACCUUCGACAAGAUUAUUCGUCUCAUUGAUCAUCUUGACAAGGACGACAUUCCCCACUUUGAAGGUUACCUUGCCGCUCAUCUGACGGGAGGAAGCAUAUUCGGGAAGCGACAGAGUGGCUCCGACCUGUUCAACUUCCUGAACGAACUUCACCUUGCACACAAGAUUGAGGACGAUCUCUCUGACGCCGACAUGCAGGUGUUCUUGGAGAUCUUGUACGCUGCUGAACACAAUACCCUCACCCAGUACAUUGACCAGAAGGGCUACGCAGCUGUCCUGGACCUUAUGUCACAAAUUGAUGACGAUGAAGUUCACGGCUUUGAUCAGCUGAUCAUUAGGCAUCUGGAAAUGGAGGCUAAGAUGACGGAAACUACCGUCGGCACCAUCGUUGUCACAUCUCUUCCAGUCGUUGUCAGCACAGCUGCUCCAGUAGUUGUCAGCACAGCUGCUCCAGUAGUUGUCAGCACAGCUGCUCCAGUAGUUGUCAGCACAGUCAUGGGGUGAACCAGACUGUAACAUAUACAGAUCAACAUUUUCCGAUGGAAAACUUUCCACAAAACGAUCAGAGCGCUACGGCUGUGGUAAACCUAUAAAGACAGUUUCGAGCAUCGUAACAUGGUGAUUGUUUUGUGGAACUAGCCCCGGCUCAUUUCGACUAUUGUUGAAUAAACGUCGAUUGUGACGUCACAUGAUAUCACACUGCAGUAGGCUUUUGGAAUAAAAUUAACAAACUUACUGAUAAAAUGUUUAGGGUUCAUAUUCUGAGCAAUAUCCGUGCCUCUUUCAUACUGGUGCAAUGUCAUUUAAAUAUGUGAACAUUAUAUGGAGGAUUAAACUAUAAUUGAAACUGGAAGGCCUUCUGCAGGAGUUGGUUGUUUGCAAGUAUAUUAUCAAUGAAUGUUUAUUCAAGUGUGUAAUUCGUGUAACUAUUUUCUUUGCAGAUACACCAUUGCCAGUUGUGAAUAAAAUGUGGGUAAUGUC